UUGAUUCGCGAUUGACUUCGAUGGACUUUGAACAGCAACCAAGAGAGAGAAACGACGGAGGGAGACGAUGAAGCAAGCUAGCAAAGGGGAAACAGGGAUCUGAGAAAAAUCGAAGUUAUUGGAGUACGGAAUGGAUGGAGUAGCUGAAGGACUGUGGGAAUUAGCGGAUUUGCACGAGAAAAAUGGCGAAAUUGCGAAAUCAGUCAAGUGUCUUGAAGCCAUUUGUCAAAGCACUGUAUCGUUUCUUCCCGUUAUCGAAGUCAAAACUCGUCUUAGAAUCGCUACUAUGCUCCUCAAGCACUCCCACAACGUUAAUUAUGCCAAAUCUCACCUUGAACGAUCCCAACUACUCCUAAAGUCAAUCCCCUCAUGCUUUGAGUUGAAGUGCAGAGCUUUUAGCUUACUGAGCCAGUGUUACCAUCUUGUUGGAGCUGUCUCUUCUCAAAAACAACUACUAAACAAGGGACUAGAACUUACUGCAGAGUUUGGAGAGGGGUUUUCUGGGAAGUUAUGGUCAUGCAACUUCAAUUCACAACUUGCAAAUGCUCUCAUCAUUGAAGGAGAUUAUCAGGGUUCUGUAUCUACACUGGAGCAAGGUUAUGUUUGUGCAACUGAUAUGUACUAUCCGGAGUUGCAGAUGUUUUUUGCAACUUCAGUUUUGCAUGUACACCUCAUGCAAUGGGAUGAUGGAAGCUUAGUUGAAGCUGCUGUGAGUAGAUGCAAUGAUAUUUGGGAAUCUAUCGAUGCAGACAAAAAACAACAAUGCCUUGGUUUAUUUUUUUACAAUGAGUUGCUUCACAUAUUCUAUCUACUCCGAAUAUGUGACUACAAGAAUGCGGGUCAACAUGUUGAUAAAUUAGAUGCUGCCAUGAAGACUGACUUACAGAAAAUGCAGCAAGCUCGUGAGCUUACAAAAGAACUGACUAUAGUAAAUGAAGGUCUUUCACAAUCUGAUCUACCCCAUAGAGAUAGGGCUAAACUCAGCGCAAGAAGAAGUCAACUUGAAGAAGAAAUCAGUAAUUCUAUUGGAUCAAGUUUCAAUGGUCAAGAGGGUUUAGAACCUGCAUACUUUGGGAAUGUGAAAAGAGAAUUAGGAGACAAGCUUGAGUUGGCACCUCCUCCUAUUGAUGGGGAGUGGCUACCUAAAAGUGCUAUAUAUUCGCUUGUUGAUCUUAUGUUUGUUGUUUUUAGUCGCCCAAAGGGACUCUUUAAGGAGUGUGGAAAGAGAAUUCAAUCUGGACUAAAGACUAUCCGAGCUGAACUGGUGAAAUAUGGAAUAGCUGAUGGCACAACAGCAGAAGUGGACUUACAGCACUCAGCCAUUUGGAUGGCUGGUGUGUACUUGAUGAUCUUAAUGCAAUUUCUUGAGAAUAAAAUAGCCAUGGAACUCACUCGUUCAGAAUUCGGUGUAGCACAAGAGGCAUUAUUGGAGAUGAAGGGUUGGUUUAACCGGUAUCCCACAAUCUUGCAAGCUUGUGAAAGCAUAAUUGAAAUGCUGAGAGGACAAUACGCCCAUUGUGUCGCCUGUUAUGAUGAAGCUGCUUUUCAUUUUGUUGAGGCUGCAAAGCUGACCGAGAGCAAAUCAGCACAAGCCAUCUGUCAUAUUUAUGCAUCCGUGUCUUACAUAUGCAUCGGUGAUCCUGAUUCUUAUGCAAAGGCAUUAGAGUUGAUUGGACCAGUUUACAAAGUAAUUGAUUCUUUUGUUGGUGUACGGGAGAAAACUGCAGCUCUUUUUGCAUAUGGGUUCUUAUUAAUGAGGCAGGAAAAUCUACAAGAAGCACGUGUUCGAUUGGCAAGUGGGUUGCAGACAACACACACAACUCUUGGGAAUCUACAACUGGUGUCACAGUAUCUGACUGUGCUUGGACAUCUGGCACUAGCCCUUCAUGACACGGGUCAAGCGAGAGAGAUCUUGAGGUCGGGCCUUACUUUGGCAAAAAAGCUUUAUGAUAUUCCAACUCAGAUAUGGGUCCUAUCAAAUCUCACUGCAUUGUAUGAGCAAGUAGGUGAAAAGGCGAAUGAAACAGAGAAUCGUGAAUACGAGAAGAAAAAAGCAGAUGAGCUGGAAAAAAGACUUGCUAACGCGCAUGCGUCCGCUCAUCAUCCUCAACUUAUUGAGAAAGCAAAAUUCCAAGUGCAAAGACUAAAUGAAGUUGAUAUAAAGCGAGCGAUUGCGGGGCCAUCCAUGAAAGUUGAUCUUGACAUUCCGGAAUCGGUUGGAUUGUCAUCACCCGCUCCAGCGCCUUCAUCGCGGCGCCUCAUGGAUGUAGAUAUUGGUAGACGCGUCACCAGAAGAGGCGGCUAGUUUCGUCCAACUCUUUGUAUUAUCUAAUUUGUUGUAGAAGCAUAGUCGAUUAAAAAACAUCUUAAUUAUUAGGGUUUGUAGCAUAUAUGCUAAUUGUAGAUGAUUGCAAGAAUCAAAAUGUAAUCGUAUCCAUGUGAUAGUCUGAUAGAUGUAAAAUUUAUCAAGGUUGUGUGUUUGCUUA